AUGAGCGCACUACUAAAGAACCGCGCUCGACUGGUGUGCGUUCAGUGCCACGGACGCAAGAUCAAGUGUGACUUGGAAGAGAGCCUCGAUAACACAUGUGCAUACUGCCGAAGACACAAAGUCUCCUGCAUUCGCCGUGAAGGCGUCCGAAAACGAAGCCAGCAGCCUGAGCGGCAUGUGCCACAUCGGUCCAGGACAUCGUCGCCUAUUAUCAAUUCGCGGCCUGAUAUCUCCUAUGCUUUAUCAGAAGCCGCUCCAAAUAGACUGGGAGAUAAGGAUAUCAACUCGGCAUACUUUGCUGAGCACUCUGUUCUCCAGGAUGCUGAUUACGAGGAUGAGUCGGGCAAGCCAUCAACUGCCUUGCCACCGACUGAAAUGUCCGGGAGUAUCACGACUGAUGUGAAAGUCAAGAUUCUCAGAGCAACCGAUGCCCACAAGCUUCCUAAGCCCGCUUUGCGACAAGCCUUAUUUGAUGCUUUUUUCGCCAAUCUUAGCUACACCUUCCCCAUCAUCGAUCGGGCUGAGGUAGAGUCGCCACGCGCUUCCGUGUUGCUCCAGCAAGCCGUCUGUAUGGCAGGGAGUCUGAUGCGCCAUCCCAAUCUCCCAGACAGUUUUCCCAGGACGCGCGCUUUAUAUGAGAAGGUAAAAGUUCUAAUUUGCGUGAAUUUUGAACCCAACAUGAUGGUGGUUCUCAAAGUCCUGUGCCUAUUAACUCUUUGGAGUCCAAUCCCAUCUCACAUUGUAAGCUUGGAUGGACCAUGGCACGCGACUGGUAGUGCCCUGCGUCUCGCUGUGCAGAUGGGCAUGCAUAAAAACUCUACGUAUGCGAGUAAGGCGGAUCGAGCGUGUCGGCGAAGACUUUGGUGGCUUCUCAAUUCGAGUGAUUGUAUUCAGGCUCUUAUUUACGGUCGACCACCCGUAUUAAAAACAGAAGACUUUGAUGUCUCACUUCUCACGGAAGACGACUUCGAGGAGCCCAACCUACAGGCCAGGUACUUCAUUGCAGAUACGGCCAUGGCCAGUAUCAUGGGGGAACUCGCCCUCAAAAUAUCAAGGAAUGCGUCUUCUCCACAGGAAAAGGCUCAAAUUUCCGAGUCACUUUCCCUUUGGAUAGCACAGUUACACCCAGAUUUACGUCUCUACGAUGCCGCCGGCUACAGAACCACAUAUCAUUACCCCGUCACGGAGCUGCACAUCGAAUAUUUCGGCACAGUCAUUCUCUCGCAAGCAAUGUCACGCCAGUUUGCAAAACAGUGGCCCUGCUCAACCGCCUGUCUACUAGCAUCAACAUGCAUAGCAAGCUUAUAUGAGGAAAUUCUCUACAGGGAGCAAGUAGCUCUGCUUACCACCAUGCACGCCUUCUGGUGUCUGACAGCGGCCAUACCUCUUCUCUACUACAAGCCGGAGACGGCGUCAAUGGAAUCCCAGCGCAAGGAGAGCCUUGAAAUUUUGUGCUCUGUUGUCGAACAGCUGCAGCCAAGGUUCGGGGUCGCCAGGACAGUGAGCCACAAGAUCCAGCGACUUCAAUGUGAGCGAAGAGACUUGCUCUCGCAGCAAGCUAUGGAGCAAGAUAAGAAUCAACCACAGGGGAAUAACUUCCGACAAGAUGAAGAGAUAUGGCAGUUGAAUGCGUUCUUUCCGCAGUUGAGAGCUUGGUCAACGUCCAAGGAUGCGGUGGUACAUAAUCCGAUUUUGGAGGGAGUUGCGCAAAACCAUGCUCUUCAGGAGGCCCAAGGGGUUGAACCUCUUGUUCAGUGGAUUUCCGAGGGGCCUCUAUCGGUUUUUGAUGCGCUUGGAGCAUCUUCAUUCAUGGAUACCUUGUUUGAUGAUAAUUACCAGGGAGAUGAGGUGGGCUUUGCCCUGGGUCAGGUCUGA